GGAGGAAUGGCAGAGUGGGAGCGUGGUUGGUGGCAUCGCUCAAUACAUUACUUCUGCAUGCUUGGUUCUGCAGUUCAAAUUGUACAUCCGUCCACACAUGGAAGCAGAGGACUCAUUUUUCCCCAGCCAUGGGCUGCUAUGGAGGAUGGUUAUUACGAACCGUGUGCCUGUGCUUUAUCCCCCUUGGCAACACGGCGGUGAAGGUGAGCAUCAGUGACCCCAGCAUGGAGGUAGUCCAGGGGGACUUUGUGCUGCUGCCCUGCUCCUUCACCACCACCACACCCCUGACCCGACUCAACAUCAUCUGGACCCUGACCCCCUUCUCCAGCCCGAUGACCCCCAUACAGGUGAUCGUCUACGACCACGGUCAGGUGAUUGAGGACCCCUCCCUCCUUGGACGAGUGGGCUUUACAGGCAUCCCCUGGAAGGCAGACAUCUUCCUGAACAACACGCGGGGGUCUGACGCUGGGGUGUACCACUGUGUGGUCAACAACCCCCCGGAGACCGGAGAGCAGGGGAUAGAGGAGCUGGUCCUGGAUGUGCUGGUGCCCCCGUCCCUGCCCGUGUGCCAGUGGGAGGGGGUGGUGGAGGUGGGGGGCAGGGUGACCCUGUCCUGCAGCGUGGCGGGGGGCCGCCCCACCCCAGAGCUCCAGUGGCACAAGAUGGAGCCCGAGCGGAUCACGCUGCCCAUCAACAUGGACGGAGACAUGUCCGGCUGGGUGCAGAUCGCCAACGUCUCCUCCCAGACGUCCGGUCUGUACCGCUGCUCCGCCUCCAACAAGCUGCACACACAGAGCUGCUACAUCAACCUGUCCGUCUACACCCCUGCGCCCGCCGCUUCCACGGGCAUCCUGCAGGGGGUGCUGCUGAGCCUGUCCAUGAGCCUGCUGCUGACGGCGCUAGUGCUGCUGCUGGCCUGGCUCCGCCGCAGUGGGCAGGACGGCCGGAGGAGAGGGGCCUCGGAGGAGUCCUGUUACAACGAGAUACGAUACACACCCUCUCUGAUGAAGCGCUCGUUUGUCUGAUAAGUAACUAGAGAAAGAUCUCCGUUAAGAGAUGUAUAUAUUCUUUUUUUUUUAACUGCGAAUGCGUUUAGCCCCUACCCUAUUGGUCUUCUGCUUUGCUGAAUUGGGGGACUUUAGAUUACUGUUUGUCCGCUGUUUAAGUUCCUUCAGGUCAAAUAAUAAUAAAAAAAAAAACACCUGGGUCAGAAGGCCUUAUGAUUCAUGUUCUUUCUAAUGAGCUAAUAUGAAAGUAAACAUACCUAUAGUUAUUUAAUCAAUUAGAUCAGAUAUUGUUCAGAUAUAAAUUUUUGCCCUGUAGAAUGGUAAUUGGAAAAAUAAAAAUAAAAGCACUCGGGAGCUUCUCAUUUGAAAACAAAAGACACAAAAGCUUUAAUUUAAAGAGAAGUGUGAAAUAAGACAAAAAAUAUGUACAGAACAUUGAUUAACUUAAAUAAAAAAUACCUUUUCCCCUCCUUGUAAAACUAAAGUAUAAAAUAAUGUCGGAUGGAAGGACAGUUGUGCAAAAAAAAGUUAUGAAUUGAUUCUUUGAAAAUUACUGAUAGGAAACUCAAUUUCAGUGAGCUCUUUGCUCAGUCAAAUCUCCACCAAGCCUCAACAAAAACAGCAUUCAUGUAAAAAAAGAAAAGAAAAUCCAAACAUUAUAAAAUAGAUUUGUAUAUCUUAAAUAUAUAUGGAAUUUAUAUACGAAACAUGCUGCUCAGAAACCGCAUGUACAGAGACUGAAAGGAAUCUACAUCAUCCCUUUUGAUUGACACCUGGGUCCGCCCAAUUAGCUGUGCCUUGCUCUAGUGUGUUUGAUUGGGAUUGGUGGAAUGACGCCGACCUGUUCAAGAUGGAGUAGCCCUCAGUGUGCUUAGCAGUUAUACUUUACACUCUUUACCGGCUGAACAAGAGAUCCGUUUUAAACAUUCAAGGUUCUAAGCAAAGCCCAGAAAUGUCCUUAAAGAGAGAAAGGAAAAAAAGCAGUUCAAAGUGAUUCAGUAUAUCUACCCAAAAGCUGAAGUAAACACAUAAUUCAUAGAUACUAAUACCUGGGACUUUACCAUAACCCAAUUAAUGCGUGACUGUGCUACAAAUUAUGCUUCUUCUAUUCCUCUUUUUCCUGUAUUUUUUAACAUUACCGCAUAUAACAAAAAGAAAGAGUAAAAAGAGGUUAUCCCCGGUGGAAACCCUGAGAAUGCUUUUCCUGUGGUUCACCCAUUACAUUGUGUGAUAAUAACCGUGUAGAAGGCUGUCCUCUGGUAAAUAGGCCUGUAUGGAUCACAACACUGCACCAAGUCAUUCACAGCUUUCACUCAGCCACAUAGGGUGGGAGGAGAGCAACAGAUGUCAAGAGUGCCAGCUUCUGUUCCACACGUCAUCUACCACAGACCGCUGGGCCCCAGACACCAGAACCCCUGGGAUAUCAGAACAAGAACCCAUGGAACUCUCAAAUCAGAAGUAAUUGGAUGCCUGGAAUCGGAACCCGUACGAUUCUUCAAACAGAAAUCCAAGGAAUCAGAACACCUGGGUAGUCUUCAAAUCAGAACUCCUGCGAUUAUUCAAAUCAGAACACCUAUGAUUUUCAAAACAUAACUCCUUGGAUUACCAAAAUCACCACUCCUUUGAUUCUUCAGAGCUCUUUGGAUUGGGGAAAUAUAGGAACACCUUGGAUUCUUCCAAUCAGAACUCCUAGGAUUCCUGCCAUCAGAACGCCAAGGGGGUUCCUGGAAUCAGACCUCCUCUAAUGUGUUGAUAACAGUAGUGAAGAUUGAGUAGGAACAAGAUCGACCUCAGGUGACUCCCAGGGAACACUUCCGAAAUCAUACUUCAGAAAACCGUUGCCGAGAGGACCAAAAUGACACCAAACAAGAGUGUGUGCGAGUGUGAGAAGGGAGUCAUAACAGGAAGAAUCCGAUCCCCAGACUCAAAAGAUCAGCAGCAAAACCCUUGUAUCCAUUCACAACAUACCCUUGACACAAACAUUGCUCAAAUAAAUAUUCCACCUUUA